AUGCUCCCAGAGCAGCACGGCAAUAUGCUGCUCAUACCGACUCCGGCUGAAGCGCGCGCCCUUGAGGAGGGCGGCAGUACCUCUGGCAACUCGGGCGAAUUCGACGCCAAAUGGAGACCUUCAUCAAAGCCGACUGAUCGACGCACGAGCGGGUUCAACUGGGAAUCGCCAUAUGAUUUGGCCUAUACCGGGGAGGAAGCUCAACAACCCAAACCCCCAAAGAAAGCAAAGGAGAUGAAAGAACGGGGCCGAGCUGAGCUCCAGGGUUGCGAUCGCCAGCCAGUCGAGAUGUCGACACAAGCGCUAUCGCCAAAAUGGAGAGUGUCGGAUGCUGCUGCGCAACGAUACUCGGGCACGGAGUGGGGGGCAGCGGACCUAGCAGGUGAGACAACCGCAUUGUCUCAGGGCCGGGGCGGGAGGUCAUAG